AUGGCCACAAUGCUGCACACGCUCAAAGUGUGCGUCACCGACGAUGCCACGUCUUCGCACCCGCUCGUGCUCGCGGCCCGCCGCCGCCUGCGCCUGCCAGCACCCGGCGAGAAGGGCGAGCUGCCGGUCAUCUGGCGCAUGCAGCACCACGUCUCGCCGGCCUUCUCCUCGAUCUGCGACAAGGACACGUAUUUCGCCGCGUCGUCGAUCUUCCGCGAGACGCUUCUCGCGCCCGCUGCGGCCAGCUGGACCAUCGCUGAUGGCGCGCUCGGUCACGUUGCGCUGCUCCUCGGCGUGGCCGAAGCAGCAGGCGGCGGCGGCAAGGAGCAGCCCCAGCUGGGUCCAGUGCCGCCGUACGCUGCCAAAGAAGUGCCUCUGAAUCUGCCGCGCUGGACAGUCAAGCUGGGCGCGAGCGCACCUCUGUCUCUCGCAGAGCAUGCUCACCUGGCUCGCAUGUCGUUCGCCGCCAUUGCGCGCAUGUCCGACCAGCACGCGCCCGACGCGACUGCUUCGACCUCGACGUGGACCGUCUGCCUGAGCGAAGAGCAGCUCUGCGCCUUCGAGCUCGCUGCUCGGGAGGACUGGCUGCAACGCCUCCUACCGCGUCUCGUCGAGGGGCCGCACGGCGCACUGGCCGCGGCCGCCAGCGGACGCCUGCGUUCUGCUCUUUUCAAGAGCUACGAGACGGCGCACGCGAGGCCCGACGUCCACUCUUACUGGACCGCUCGUGCCUGCAUGGUCUGCGGCCUCGAAGUCGCGUACUGCGAUGCCACUCACAUCGUCCCGCCCUUCGUCGGCAAGUGGCUGUACGAGAGGGCCAUGCAGCCACUUGCGUGUUCCUCGACACCGGAGCCACGCGUCCGCAUCGAACAGCUCAGCCUGCUGGACGCUCGCCUGGGCGCAUUUGCACUUCGCGGGGGCGACAGUCGUGAGCCGACCAGCGAGCGUGACGCCGGGCUCAACGCGCACCGCAACGGCUUCUUCCUGUGCAAGUUCGAGACACCACUCUUCAAGAACUUCUCGAUCGUGCUCACGCCCUCGCUCAACUUUGUCCAUGUCACGCGACCUCUGUAUCGCCGGCCCCAUGCAGACGUGCCUCACGACAGGACUCGACCGGCAGUCGGGUGGCACGAGCCCGUGCCGAGAAGCGAUGCGACUCUGUUCCCGCCUGAGAAGUAUCUGAUGGAGCAGAAGCUCCCCGCCGUCCAUCUCGCGGCGCACGGAUCGAUGUGCGCCCUCUACCUCACCGAGGAGUUCUGCAACAACUUGCUCGGACAUCCGACGCUUGAGCGCGCGGUGCAGGACGGCCGUCGAGAGACGCGAGAGAAGCAUGAAGAUGAGAGCGAAGCAGAGCUGCUGGAGCGUGUCAAGCGCGAGCAGGCUGCCGAGCUCGAACACCAGGAGCGCUGCGCGCUGGCGUACCGCACCGCGCUUGCGCUCUUCGCCGCCCAUCCGCAAGCUCGCGCGUCGCAGGGCAAGGCUGUGGCCGAGCAAGCCAUGCAGGAGGCGGCACACGCCGAGGGAUCAGACGAAUCAGAGAGCAGCGGAACUGUGACGCCGACGGGAACUGUGACGCCGACGGGCCCAGCGGAAGACCAGAAGGCGGGCCUUGCGGGUCUGGCAAUCUUUGCGGCGUUCGCGGCGGCGCGCCGCUAG